AUGGCGGAUGCGGAGGAGGAAACUGAAGUAACUCCGCCUCGUUUAUCCGCGAGCGAUUUUGACAUAUUCGCCGAAAAACUCCUGACGCACCAGUUACUGUUGACUGCACUUGAGCUGCACACGGAAUUAGUUGAAGCAGGCCUGGAGAUUCCUCGUUUACGUGAUUUCUUCUCCAAUCCUGGGAAUUUCGAACGUCAAUACCAGACGACAACACUAAGCGGUAGCGCACACUCGCCAGUUAUACGUAAGUAUUUUGUUCACCUCUUUUCAUAAAAGAAAAACAAAAUAAGAAUUAACAUGGCUUAAAUGCUAUUUUUGUUUGUUUUAUUUGCAAAUACACUAAUAAGAUAGAGUGAUUGUCGUAAUUAAAACUUAUAACAAUUCUUCAGCCCAUAUAAUUUUAACCGGAAAUCAAGUUUAAUGACCGCUUCUGCAAUAUCGAGCAUCUUCUGUGCUGUUCGCAUUGAUGAUAUUGUUUUUGAAUAAACAGCCUAAUGAAAAAUGAAUUGAUUUUUCAAUGGGAGACACAAAAAGGUACACACAAAUUUCCUUUUUUUUUAUUAUCGCUAUAAUUGUUUUUCUCUUCAAAUAACUGAACAUCGACAUGAUUUCGGGAGUUUCACCGAAGACGGCCUGGUUUAUGAGCUCUCUCCUGAAAUAUUAUCACUAUUGAUUUCAAUGUUGCUCUUCUGUAUUAUUAUGAUCAGUUGUCGGCAUUUAGAUGCAUGAUGCUAUACUCUAUUUUAUUAUUGUUUUCCAGCUCGCACAUCUAGUAUUGCAACCAUUGAUUCACUGGAUGAUUAUGCUCGUUAUUCAGACGAUGGUGCCCGAGACACAGAUGAAAAGGUUGCAGGUUUGUGGAUCAGAAUAUAGUCAAAUUUUGGAAUGGUAAAGUUUAGUAAUAUAAACUUCAAUUUAUCAAUGGUUCAGAAUUCCAAUUUCAGAAAAAAAGACUUGUAGCUCUUAGGGGGUUCUUUCUCCUUGGCCCUCUAUCCAAUAUUGAGCUGAAGGCAUAGGAAUUUUUGCAGUGUGGAAAAUGCCUGUGAUUCAGGUUCUUGGUAUCUUUAAACUGCAUAUUCUGGCUUUAUAAAAAAUAUAUAACAUAUUCUUAUUUUGUAUUUCAAGUCUUAGAAUUUGAAUUGAGGAAAGCUCAUGAGACUAUUAAAGCACUGAGGGGAUCUUUGACUGAAGCAACUGGUAAUUUUUUGUUAAGAUUUACAUUUAUUGAAAAUCGCAAUAUGGUAUAAGAGGUAAAUGUCUUAUCCCUAUUUCAUGAAGCAAAUGCCCUUCAGGAAAGAGAGUGGCUGGAGGUAUCAAGUCCUAUGAAACUCAGUACAUGAGUAAUAGGAGCUUGAAGCUAUCACAUGUUUACUUGCUUUUCCAAGUAAAACUUCAGCUGUACAUGAUGUUAUUCAGUUGAGCAGGCAGUUUUAGUUUCUGCCCUGUUCAUUCCAAUGGACAUCAUGUCCUGUCUCAGCAGCCACAGAUUUUAAACUACGAUUGAAUUAAAUUUUUCAGAAUAGACUUCCUGAGUGCAGGAAAAUUUCAUAUUGUAAUGCUAAUCAUGUUUUGAUUCACCUUUUAGUCAGAUAUAAAUUGUGAGUCUGUCAUUUUAUUCUAGAAACUGAAACUCCAGCUUCUGAAAGUAGUCAUGGAGAGAAUAUUGACAGAGAUCAUUCAUCUGGAGGGGUAAGGAAGUUGUAAGAGGUGUUUCAAAUCUGAAUUGUGUCAGAGGCUGACAUUGAAAGGGAUCCAUCUUCAGUUUCAAUCAAACCUCUGACCUUCAGAUAUCAUGCCUAGAUGCUCUAUCGCUGAAAUAUAUGGCUAUUAACAUCAGUAGUAAAGUAAUAUUUUGCAUGCAAUAGCAAUCUUUUAAUUAAAAGUGAAUAUGUUUUUGGCUAUGUUGAUAUCAUUAAAGGUAUUUAUUUUUUAUUAAUUUAUCAGGACUCCUUGAGACCACAUGAGAAGCGAGCCCUGAAUUUCUUAGUGAAUGAAUACUUACUAAAGAAUGGCUACAGAAUGACCUCUGUAACUUUCUCAGAUGAGAAUGCUGAUCAGGUGAUUAGAAUAAAUUGACCUAUAAUCAUGAAUUAUUUGUGAUGAAUUAACUCUUUAACCCCCAGAAGUGAUACACAUGUAACUUCUCCCUAUACCCUGGGUGUCUGUCUCUCAGGCUGAGUGAAGAUUGUCAAAGAAUUCGCUUGAGCUCUUUAUAUGUACAUAAAUACAAUGAUUAUUACAGGUAUAUACCUCUUGAGAGACCAGAAUUAGAAUUUUGCCAUUUUCAAUUAGAUUUUCAGCCUGUGCUAAUAAAACAAAUUUAACCUUUCAAGUGUCAAGACCAGGAGGCAAUAAAUCCUUUUUUUUUUAUAAUUUACAUUGCUGUUUUUCCUCAGGACUUUGAUGACUGGGAUGAUGUGGGUUUGAACACUGCCAAGCCUCCAGACCUGCUGCAUCUUUACAGAGACUAUGGACAUCACACUGUACCUGAAGUGAUGCUGGUGUUGAAAUCAGUGAAAGAAGAGAAAGCAAACUUGGAGGCAGAAUAUGCCAAGUUACAAGAGGAGUGCAAACAGCUUCAGGAGGGAAUAGGAGAGUUGAAAUAUGAGAACCAUACAUUGAAUGAAACAGUUGAAAAAUUGGAAAGGUAGAUUGUGACAAUAGCUAAAUAGGGAGACAAGUUUCCUGAAUUGAAGUUGAUUUUUCAUUUGAAUUGAAUUUUGGUUUUAGUACCAAAGUAUCUUUUGUCUUUUUAAUUGCUUCUCUAUGGGUACCUUUGCAAAAAUCAAAUAAGAGGGCUUUUACCCCAGCAUGAUUAAAAAUGUUUUUAGAUGGAAAUGUGUCAAAACCACAUCAAUAAAAACAAUAAUCAUUUUUCAAUAUUAUUGUUUUCUUGUUGAUAGUGAAAUAAAGGAGAUUGUCAACUCAUCACAUUUGACUGAAAGGGCCUCGCUGAGCGUAGAGAAAAGCAUUGAAUCAUCAGAGACAGAUACAGAUACAGAUGGUGUCACAGCAGAACACAUCAGCGAAUCAACAACAAAGAAUGAGGACGCCACUGAUGGUACGGAGAACAAUGAUGCUGUGGAGAUUAGUGAAAGAGGCAAUGUACCAAAUGAGGAAGGAAAUGGAGACGCUGCGGAGAAACUUCAGACUAGUGAAGAAUUGGGUAGUAAAGAUCCCGAAGAAAAUUUACCUGACGAUGGUAGUCAUCAACGAAAUACAGCCGAUGUGGAACUGACACAACAAAAGGUAAAAUUACACAAAUUAGUCCAUUAGGUGGUUCUUAGUCUCCUUUGCAGCCUGUUGUUUGGCCUUGUCGCGCAUGGAAAGAGAGGGCGUUUACAUCGCUACAAUUUUAGUAACUUAGACAAACGACAGUAAAACGUUGUUUAUCAGUCCAAUGUACAACAUGAUUACUCAUUUUCGUUAGAGCGAUUUCCAAUUGUUUCGGAGAUAAUCCAGGAUUGCGUUAUUUCAUUCUGUGAUUGGUCCAGAAAACUGGCCCCAUCAUCUCGACCAAUCAGAUCCAAAACUUAGACCAAGCGCGACUUGGUCACCCGCCUUUCCCGCGCUUUAGGCUGUUGGCUUGUUUUCACGUGAGUUCGGGUUACUUUGGGUGUGGUUUUACUACCUUCCAUCGAAAAAACGCAAUUGUACAGCGUAGAGUGAUCUGACGUGAAUUUUCUUUAUCAAAAAAAAGAUAGACUUGAAUUUCAAAAAAAGUGUACUUUAUUUUCUUUGAUUUGUUAACUUCCCUCAGUAGAAGUUUCGUUGAUGCUGUAUUUUCAAACUUGUUCUUGCUGUUUUCGCUUGUGAUUAGGGUGAUGACCCUCAAGUCACACCUUUCUCUCCAUCGUCACAGCCAAGCGGCAAUGAAGAGAAAGAUCAAACUUCAUCAAGGUACGGAGGGUGAAAUUUUUCACAGUGAACAGAACAGACGACAGAUUAUUCCGGUUUCCAUUUUAAAGGAGCUUUAUUUUUAGUCACUUAAUUUUGUGGCGUUGAACAUUUCCUUGAAAUGAGAACGAGGACCAUUUUUUCUGCAAGUAAAGAGAGAUUCGGCGCGUAUUUAGGAAGAGAAUGUGGGUUCCGAAGCAGUUAUCGCGUUUCUUGAUCCUGCAUGGCUUUUUUUUUCCAGUGACCAAACUCGCCGCGGCUGUUCAGAUGGCCUGCGUAGUUAGAAGCCUUUUUUACACUCGGUGAAAAUAAGGGCGGUUCUGAGAAACGAGCAGGAAACACCACAUCUGAAGCUUGCUUUAGAGUGUACAAAGCUUGUAGCUUAGAUUCACUUUUCCUUUCAGAACAACUUCAUCUUUAUUUAGAGACACGCUGUUGACUUUUACGCACGUGCAGUUAGAGAAUAGACUUUCUAAUGAGGUAGGUGAACUGCAAACUUUUUCGGGCUUGAAAGAUAGUAAAGGUAACUUGCUGGCAUUUCUUGAGAGAGACGAAGGGGUUAGCAAGCUGAAUCCGUAUUGGACGGUCUGGUUUGAGCUGUGAGCGCGUCAGUGAGUUCUGUUGAUAGGCAAGGCAUUUAACUCUUUUAGUAUCUUUAAUUACUUAGGUGUUCAUGUAGGUGCCGGGGAAAAAAUGCAAUGUGAGAGGGUGGGGGAGAUACCUGCGAUUGACUAGGAUCUGAUCUUGUUGCCUCAAGCCACAUAAAGCGAUAUCAACACCGGCGGUGAAAAGGCCACGAGGUUCGAAACAUUCAACCGAACUUAACGUUUUGGAUAGGCAUCUUCGUUUUCAGGGUUUCCAUCCUUUCUGCUUCAUAGAGCAACAUGGAGCUGGAAGAUAAGAGAGCUAGGGAUCAAGGACGUUUAGAAGAGAUGAGCGCUAUUGACUUGUGUCUUUAUGAUAUGUAGGUCUGUAAGCUUUCCAACGCUGAUGAAAAUGUGGUUCUAAUUGUUGCGAGAUGUUUGCCUCAUAUUGUACCAAAUGUGUUGCUUAACAAAAGAGAGGUGAGUGCCCAAAGUAGGCUUGUUGUCCAAGUAUGCUAAUGACUAGCUUUUUCUCUGAUGUGCUGAACAGCGGCUGAGGAGUGAGGGGUGCUUAAUGGAACAGUUUGGUUUGGAGAAUUGUUGUUCCAAUGCUACCUACAGAUGAAUUAGUAUUUAUACUUUGCUUAGGGUUAGACAAAACAAACAACCUUCAACUUGAAGGAAACGACAAAAUAUUCGCGUAGUACGAUAGAAAAACAGUAAAACAUAAAACAAUAAACUAAGAAGGAACGGCGUGGCCAAGGAUGAACAAGAUUCACACUGAUUGCAAUACAAAACCUGAAUUAUAGAUCUUUUGUCUUACAGAACACCGACUUUCCUUUCAUUUUAUUGUAGGAAUUGAUUCCCGUAAUUCUUUGUUCAGCCAUUCACCAUCCAGCUGUGAAGGAAAGAGACAAUCUUCUUCACAUGUUAUUUAAUCUUAUUAAACGACCAGACGAGGAUCAGAGGUGGGUCAAAAAGCGUUCUUUAGAUAUACAAGCCACUGUUGUGUUUCUCGGAGAUGAAAACUCAAGUAGAAUGUUCUAUUACUUUUAAAAUGGCGUAUUCGUUGUAAAAAAGGAAAGUGACACACUGUAUGUGCACAUGUCCUCCUCGGAGCCGGGAGUGUAGCCUUUCUUAGCAGAACGGUACUCUGCUUUAGAUUUCUCCUUGCGCUGCGUCUAAUUUUCAAGACACGUAAUCGUUAGAGAGGCAAGCAAAGAUCUCUGGUAGUCUUCGAUUUUUGUUUGUUCGCCUUUUUCAUUUUCUUCAUCACUGCUUUGUUAUAAGUUGAAUUAUUUACCCAAUUAGGCAGAUGAUUAUGAGCGGGUGUGCUGCGUUUGCGCAGGUCGUGGGACCAACUCGAAUAGAGGCUGAACUUUUACCACAAUGGUGGGAACAGGUACAGUGCCCUUGAACUAUAUAUUGACACAGAGAAUCACCUGUGUGUUGUCACGGUGGAAAGAAUAUGAUUAACGUUCACAUUUUCUACGCUGCAUUGCAGAUUGGCCACAAGUAUGUCGAAAGAAGACUCCUCGUUGCUGAAGCUUGUGGUGGAUUAGCGCCGUAUUUACCGGUAAAUAACUUACUGAACUCGUUAGGAAAUGCAAGCAUUUCGUUUCACUUUUAUUUCAAUGCCUACGUUGAACAUUUGGAAGUUUCCAAGGGCGAUUUCGAAUUUGCUCACUCUUAUUCGUUGUAUGAUGUAUUUUUAGGAUAGGGUUGUUGGGUCCAAUCGGAAGAACACAAUGUCUCCCACUUAAAACGUCCCUUUAAGGAACAGGAUGGUGAAUUUUAUCAACAUUAACCUCAGAGCCCAGAGAUAAAGGGAAUGUCCAAGUGAAAAGUGGGUAUUUUUAUACCAAAGGCUCGACGGAAUUUAGCAUGAACGAGGCCUAGUGGGUCAAUUUGUGAUCAUGCAUUACGCCUGUUUCUUUCUUUUCCUUUUCUUUCAGGAUUACAUUCGUAGCUCUCUCGUGUGGUCCAUGUUGAAACAAAUGCUGAGCGAUGAUCGAAACGAGGCUGUUCGAGAGGCCGUAACAAAGAGUCUGGGACUAGUCGUGGCGUUUAUGGAAAAUGUGGAUAAAUAUCAACAGGUAAGGACACGAGAAAGGAGAACGUAUUAGAAUAUUGAGUUGCCUUGGACUUUUGGACGCUCGAUAAAAAGUAAGGUGAAAGAGCCCGUGAAAACGAGCUCAAAACGUUCUCAAAACGUAUAGUAAAGAAAUAUUAAUCAAGAAAAAUACAAUGUGUGGACGACGAAUGAACUUAAAGACAAUGAAGAACAAGCAGAAUUUGUAAAGAGCUGCAAAACCAGGAGCAGGAGUGCAACUUUGGCUUACUAACACCUCUCAUGUCCUAUAUACAGCCUACCAUGCUUAGCAACCCGGCCUGAUUCUUAAAGCUAGUUCUCUGCAGCUCCGUACGUAGCAAUUUGAACCUUCCGGCCGACUUGAAUUCCCUUUGGGAACUCAGAAUGUUUCUUCGUCCUUAGCUUGUCAACAUGUAGCGUUUCUCUUUAACAGUGGAAUGAUUCAGAUAUUACGCAAAUUUUUCUUCUCAGGCCUACGAGUUGUUAGAGGAAACGUUGUUUGAUCCGUCAGAAAAAGUAGCGAAGACUUCCAGAGAAGUGUUUCUACCGUCAUUUGCUGCAUGGGCUCAAGAUCUUGAUAAAGUAGAGUCUCAUCUCUUCACUUCCCUGAUCUCCAUAGUGGAAAAUGCCUUAAAGGUACGGUGUCUUUUUAAGUGUUUGGACACAAUACUUGAUUUGACCUUUUGACUUGUCAUUGAGCAGGGAGUACCUAUAACUCUGUCGCCAUGCUGUGUAAACUUGGUCUUAGUGAGCAUUUCAAUUGCGCGACCUCACUGAACUCAUUGAUUGGUCUCUAUUUGUUAGGAUUUAGAGCAGGUUCACGAACUUGCCAAUGACUCAGAGGAUACUGAGAAAGUACAUAAAACAUUUGAAGCAAUUCACGACAGACUGGCACGCUCUGUUCAAGUUAUUUCGUCGCUUAUUCCGGUGCUGUUUGCCUUAGUUCUACGGACAGGUAAGCUCUAGGUUUUCCAAAUUUUUGCGAUUGGUUUUUCCCUAUGAUCCCCUGGGAACAUAAGCAUGAAUAAAGACAUAACUGGCAAUUCUGCUCUUUAUUAUGAAAGCAAACUUUGACAUUCUUUAAUUUUGUAAUGGCCGACUAGUAACUUGUCGGUUGUCUGUCGGUGGCUUUACGGUUAUCUGUCGGUGGCUCGUCGGUAAUCUAUCGGCCGACAGUUGGCCUACAGUCGGUAGAGGGGAGCUGUUCUUCCCAAUUACCCAUUUUUGCAUCAUCUGUGUUUUCUUACUUAGCGCAUGCGCGGCAACCUGAAAUCUGAAAGGUUGAAAUUUUAGUUAAAACUUUAUGUCCACGUUCCGAACCUUUAUCUUGUUAUCUGUACCAUUUUUCACUUGUUAUCAGCUGUUUUCUUACUUUUUAAGUUGUAAUGCUCUGUUUUUCUCCUACUCAGCGCCAUUUUCCAAAAAGCCAGAAGAAGUCGAAAAAUACAAUGUGCCAGGUGCUGUUACUAAAUUUUAACUUCUUACUAAAUGAGCGCCCGAGCCGUUCUGGGGAAUGUUGGCCUUAGGUCGUGGCAGUGCGAACAGAGUACAGCAACCAAAAACUGAUAUUCUCCACUACGGCUCGAGCAAUCGAGGAUAAUUAGGAGUUUGUUAUAUGGUACUUAGACCAAACUUGUUUAAGUUGAAUUUGCCGGCUUUCGCGACCUUAAGUGCACGGCUUGUGACUGUUUCCGUGGAUGUGGUCCGUAUGGCAAAGUGCGCACCAAGUAAGAACCGACCAGAACGCUCGAGUUUACGUUAGGACUACCUUACCACACGAUGAUAAUAAUAAUUUGAUGAGGUUGAUCAAAAUAUCGUGUUUUGCUAUUAGCCCGCUGAUGAAAAAAUUUAUCUCUUAAGCAAUUACAAAUCCCGAAAUUGAGCGAUGGUUGGGUUAGGUCGUUCUUUUACCAUAGAUUUCCACCUAAGCAAAUAAUUAAUUUUAUCACUACUUGCGGCAAAACACACAGCUGUUAGACGGUAUCACGCAUAAGCAAAAGCAGGCUAGUGAAAAAGGAAGGAAAAAGAACCAAAAUGAAUUAAAAUCAAUUGAAUAAAAUUAAUGACCCCUUGAUUUCUCUCAACCAGUUGCACCAGGAAGAUUGCUAACACCACAAUCGCCGCUGACCGAUAUCGAGACGAUUUUUGGCGGGAACCAGGCUGUCGCCUUCCAUGUUCGUCGCUUUGACAAGCACGUGUCGGAGGACCACUUUGAUUCAUGGGAUAGUUUGACCUGGAUUCAUUACGAAUGGUAAGAAUAGUUUGAUUGGAUACUUCAACUGGGCGCAGUAAUAUUUCAGAAAUAUUUCUGGUGCACACUGUAUUUUGUUUAAACGUAAAGCCACAGAAAUAACUUUUUACUAACCAAGCGCGAGGGCCGUACUGGGGAUUAUUGGUCCCCAGGUAUUGGCAGUACGGACCGAGCACAGCGAAAUCCAUACAAACGAGCGAUAGCCAAUAUUUCCCAGUUCGGCUUGCGCAAGCGAGGCUAGUAAGUAAUUUAUUAUAUGGCACUCAGACCAAACCUGUUUAUUUUGAAUUUGCCGGCUUUCGAGAACAAAAAUAUACAGCCGUGGAAAUGGUCCGUAUGGCAAAAUCCCAACCAAGUAAGAGCCAACCAGAACGCUCGAUUUACCUCAAGACUGCCUUGCCAUAUAUAUGAUAGAGAAAUUCGAAAGUCGGUGGUUCGAUUCCACGUGGGAACUCGUAUUUGGUUUACUUUGUUUCACGCUCGGGAGAAACGAACUACUUCUUUCUUUGAAGAUCAUGUUGAUUAUUGAAAACCUUGGUUUUUUUUAAUUUCUUUUUACAGUUUACCCAAUCUGUGUGAUAUUGUAGGUGAGUUCAUUUGUAACACCUUUAAACACUAGGAGAUAAGAUUACUUUUUUUCUUGCCACAUAUGAAAGGAGUGUCUUUAUAAACUGUACUUUUUCUUUUCUAGGAAAAGUUCAUGUAUCUUUGACAGAUUGUGUACAACAGUUGAUUUCCCUCUUUCGCUCUUUGUGUAUUACACUUGGGAAACCAUACUCAGACAAAAAGGUGAGGAAAACAUUACAUUUUCAAAUACAUGUCCAUUUUUUAACCUUAUCCCUUAAACUUUCAAUAUUUGAGUACAUAUUUUCCAUUUUAGCAGCGAUAAAGGUCCUAAUAAAUCAGAGAGUUUGGUGUUAUCUAAUUCAGGAUCCUUUAACAAAUCAGUGUGUAUUUUCACAUCACCUUUUUCUUACUUAACCCAUUACACCCUAACAUCAGUAUGCAUAUUCUCCAUACUGUUUUCUAUACAUUUCCUGAAGCACUGACAUGGAGAAUGUGUUAAAAAAUCAAGAGCUUUAAUAAGUUGGUGAUCAUUUCCUUGAUUCUCGUGACCUUAAUGUUUGAUUCAGGGGUGAUAUUGUAAGGAGAAAUUAGAAGCUGGUCACUCUUAGGGGUUAAAGGGUUAAUUGUAUUGAUAAGGAGAGGUUGCUCUUCAGGAAGGGUAAGUAUUAAUUUCUGCUUGUCCGGCUAAGUAAUGUCUGUCCAUUUCACAAGGUGUAUGUUUAUAAAAGAAUUUCCAUUCCCCUCAUAAUAUUGUUAAUUUUUCUUUUCAAUAAGAUGCAUCCAUAGUAUCUUUCAACUGCCUUGUCAAAAUUGCUAUAACUCUUGUUUGCAGAUAAAACCAUUUUGUAUGCAAAGAUUAAAUGUUCUCUCUUUAGACGAAGGUAAGUUUUAUAGUUUAGUCCUUUGAUAGAGCUCACUUGCGAGCAGGUUUUUUUGUUUUUCUAUUUUUCCAUUUUUCUUUGGGAGGGGUUUGGGGCAGUGGAUGGGACAGUUUAGUUGCUCGAUUUGAAAAUCUCACCUUGGCAGACUUUUGCGCCAACAAGGUCAGCGCUUCACGCCUUAUCGCAGCGUUUCAUGAUAACUGGUAAAAUCAUUAAUUUCUGGUCAUCUAAUCUGCCUAUUUAUGUCUAUUUACAAAAAUAAUCAUAGAAUUGAUGAUAGUAAUGUUGAAGUCUUCUUUUGUCACUAGGGUUCAUUUCAACCUUUUUCUUUUGUGGUCUUUAGAAAAAAGAGAAAGUCUCCUAUCCAGUGCCUCGCUUCCAGUUCUGGCCGCUGGCGUCCUGGGUUGUUUUGAUUCGGUAGGUUUUGAAUUAACAAAUCCAUUGGUGAAAGAGUAAGCGCUUGUAGGACUUAUAACAGACUGUACGUUAUUACUGAAGUCGUGGACUUUCACAUUAUAAAAUCAGCUCAUACUGGACGUUUUCUUAUUCAACCUUACUUGGUCUCACCAGGAGGACGACAUGUCUGAACUGACGUCAUUAUUACGCAAUUCGGUAAUUGCCCUGGCUGAAGCCUCGGCAUCACUCGAAGGACCAAUCAUCAUGUACCAGGAGUUGAGGUGAGUGACAGCUGAUUCACGGACCCCUGUUACAAUGGCGAGACACGAUUGGCUCAUUUGCUCUCGUCCAUUUCUCGACCAAACUUUUCCAUGUUGUUAUUCGCCAUACGUUUGAAAUUCUAAGCCACACAUGUUAUUAUAAGGCCUCUUUAGUGUUUUUCAGUCUUGCCAAACCAAUUUUCCUGUCUUCUUCGAGCAAAAACUUGCUUUGAACGUCAGAUGAUUCAGAAUUCUAUUUCACAAUUCCUUCAGUGAUUUAUGACAGGAUCACCCAAAAAUGUUUAUAAAAAAAUUAAUGUGUCGAUUAAUCUUUGAAUGUCUUUGCUCUCUAAUGGUGAUUACACUUUCGCAUCAGAAAUACGCUGUCACAGCUUAAAGUAUUAGUAUUGUUACCACUGAUUUCGUUUGAUGUUCUUGUUUUAGUACUUCAUCCCGCUAUCUUGAGGUACUUAUAGGUGUUCUUUGGGAGAUAGUUGUCCAUUCCAGUUCCUUAGUACGCUGCUGUGCGGCUCCUUUAUUUACUGUAAGUUAACUCACUCAAAUAUAUAUUAUGUAAUGAUUCCUCAAACGUUGAAAAUAUAGCUUGCAUGAAAUUCACUCUAUGCUCCAGAGACUCUUAUAGUUUCAAAUCCCGUCAUUUAGAAGUGUUUAACAAUUUUCUACUAACCGUAAAUGGUACAAACUAUUGACUACCGACACCGUCAUUCUGAAAACAACUCAGUAACCUGGCUGCAUAAAUAGGACGUGUCAGAAUCUAAUGCUAAUGACAGGAAGCAAUGUUAGACCAUAAUUUUUCCUUCACGGUGUUGUCUGGACUAGCAAACAAAACUCUUCACCUACUCGUACAUGUACAUGAACAUGUAACGUCCGAAAAAUGUCGUGCAUGUACAACACCUCAGUCAUACUUUGCGAAUGCUUUCCGCUUGCUUCUCUCUAUGCGUUGAAGUCGAGAAUCGACAUUUUAUUAUGACUGUUCCUGUACAUAAGCAAGCUUAUUUGCCCAACUUGUAAAAACUAUUUUAUGAAGUCUGCUAUUGUCAGACGAAACGCGUAGGAGAUUAAAACAAGUUUUUACUAUUUUAGUUUGUGCAGAGCUGCUCACUAGUUUAUCAUUUUAAAAAAAAAAUUUAAAAAGUUAAAUCUACUGAGUGUAAGAUGCCGUCGUAUCUUUCACCCUUUGCAGGUGUUAAUGAAAGGUGUUGACCUGGAUCUAAUCAGUAGAAAGGUUUUACCAGCUCUAGUAACUUUAGCUUCCGAUUCACAAAUGUAAGUUAAAAGGCGUGUUAUCAACAUAUUUUUCACUUUUUUCCUCUUACUUGUGCUGAAAUAUUGAUUAGUUUUUUUAUUAUUUUAUGUUCAGGUCAGUUAGAACGGCGGCAAUUCCGGCGUUUGGUGCAAUAGUAGAAAAUGUCACCGAUAAAAUGGUAGAUAUAGAUGUAAUCUGUUGUUAUUUUAUGCUCAUACCCGUACUUAUUACAAUUUUUCUACGAAAAUUUAGCCCAAGAGAAAGAGAUGCGCCGAGUUAAGCCCUAUGUGAAGCAAUAACUUGUAAAUUAAAGCUAGACCACGUCCAAUAUCGUGAGCGCCCUGAAUGUGAUUCUGCCAGACAAAGAAUGAAACCAGGGAUGGCGUAUUUUUACUGGAGAUACGAUUAAAAGAGGGAAGGGUCCUCAACAGUUAAUUGUGCCCGGAAGGGGCGGGGGGGGGAGGGGUCAUAAAUGCCUGUACAGGCCUGUAACAUGGAGUUUACUGUCUUACGGUCUUUAAUAUGGAUUUUUUUUAAUUUGCGUCUACAGAUUUUAGAAAAAGUUUAUGUACAGUUCCAGUCGUUUCUUGAAGACCCACAAUACAAAGAUCAACAUGAACUACAGGCUACCAUGAUAAGAACGUUUGGCAAGGUCGCCCCUCAUGCAGAGCCACAUUUCAGAGAUGAAGGUAGGCUAGAAUUUAACCUUUAAAAUUCAAUUCCAUUCAGUGAGAUGAUCUGCAAGGUCAACGAGAAAAGAAGGCGACACACCUCUUUCAUAAAUAGCGGGCUAUGUAUUUAUUCUUUUGUAUGCAUGUAAAAUAUAUUAGCCUUCCUAGUUCCGUCAGCAUGCUCAAAAUCAAUGGAAUUUUCACACCAUAAUGAGGGCAUAGUAGGUUCAUCUGCAUGUUCAUAAUAGGAUAGUAGUCAUGCCAGCCAUUAUGAAAGAAAUCUUUAAUCCAGGAGGAAGAUGACAAAACUUUGAAUCCGUGUCCUUUCACGCGUCCAUUUCACGGAAACAAAUUAUUUCUAUGCACGAAAAUUCCAUUUUUGGGAAACACACUACAGUUCUAUCCAGAGUAUGUAGCUAAUUACAAUGUUAUUUGUUCACCAGUUCUCUUACCGCGGCUGGUUGUCAUGGCAACAAUCAAUAACCAAUCGCAAGACGACACGAGACGGAGGGAGAUUGCGCUGGAGCUAAUGGAAGCUUACGUGUCUUUGACGUGUUGUUGUAUCCUUUUCAUUACAUUAGAGAAACUUUUAUUAGAACUUUUCGGUCGAUUAGUUCCAUCUUUCCGUCAUGCAUUCUGGGUUAUUAUUUGAAGUUGGUCACAAGUCCACAACUUCAUUUUAUUUCUCUGCAUAUGCCAAUAGUUGUCGUCAAGCUCAUCCUACUAAUUCAUGUAAGCGAUGAACUAAGUGCAAGGAGCUAGCUAUGGUUAGAGUUCUAGAUUUUUCCAUGUUAGAUUGCGCCUCGCUCUCAGAGUUUUUUACGGCGUUUUUAUCCGCAAAACUUCUUCGUCGAAAGCGUCAAAUGUGUUCUAAGGUUGCACAAGAUGGUCAAUUUUGAGCCCGAUCAUUGAACAUUUGGCGCGAGCGCGAUGAAAUUCACUGCAUCUGUUCUCCUUUUUAGUCAGAGUUAUCUUAGACUGUUUACACUGCUUAUCUUAUACUCAACGCACUUGAAUUAAUAUUUUGUCAUUAUUUUUUACCCCUAUUCAUCUUAUUUACGUCUAGUCGAGGCAUUUUAAGCGGAGAGAUAUCGAAAUAAUUUGUUGUGGACUUUUUUCCUUAACCAUUCUUUGUCAUCUCUAUUGAUGUAUUAAAUGAUUACAUCAUCCCAGGACUCCGCGCGGUUAAACAGGACAUCGAGGCUUUGGCUCCAGAAUGCGAGGUUGGGCCUAAUAACAUUUUGUUAACUUCACGGUACAUUGGCCAUGUCGGUGGUUUGAAAAACUAAAAAAAAAAUUGGCCAUAUUGGUGGAAGGCAGCUCUCUUAAAUCCAAAUCUUUUUUCUUGAAUAAGUAAACAAAUAUGACUUCUGGUCAUUUUGUUCAAACGUUUUAAUGACAAUGAGAUAUUUACGUCACGAUAUUCCAUCGUUACAAAUUUGGCUUCAAUUUUUUAGUUUGUCAUUUGUAAUCCAUGUAAGUCUCCCCAAUCCUUACCAAUCCGUGUCCCCUCUGUUUAUUAGUACCUUUCUUGUGCCUUAUAAUCUUGUAGUACUAACAUUAAGCAGUUUUCUUCGAUAUGAUUGUUGUAAUGCGUAGCUCCAAAAUGACCCUUUUGAGGCAAAUGCUAUUUGUAAUCGCUCCUCUUUCUAUUGGUUUUUUUUUUAACAGGAAACUGUUCAUGUGCUUCUCAGAGAAUGCGAGGUUAAGGCAGACCAGAAAUCACUCUCACAGUAAUUAUCUGCUUUGAAUAUCGAUUGAAUUUCAUUCUUUUUUGUUUGUUUUUUUGCUCGUUUCCUAAAUGUGAAUCUUUUUUUCCUUUUUCCAAGCCUUCCUUCCAGUAGCAAAAUAGGACAAGAAAUUAAAAGCACGUUUAUAAGUGGAUUCCAUCGAUUAAAAGAUGCACAGCGACCAAAAAUGGCGGACAUUUUUAAGAAGAAAGAUCGCUUUGACUCAUGACAAGCGCGGUGUCUCCCAGUUUACUACAAUAACCUUGGUCAGCGGUACUCUUGUAUCCAUGGACUCUUUGCUCUAAGCUUUGGAGAAAUCAUCAGAAGCGACAUUGAAGAAUGGGAAGGAUUUUAGAGAAUUGUUCGAGUCAAAAUGGUUGAAUACCAAGGCCGAAGAUGCAUGGUAUGCUUUACCAAUUGGUGAGGCUCAAAUUUGAAAGAGAUUACAACAGAAUUAAACUAUUAAAGUUAAAAAUGAAAGUUAUCGGCAUUUCAGAUAAGUAUGACAUAACCAAGCGAUAUCCGGCUUUGCAUUAGAAACGGUUAUGUGUAGUUCCAGCUUAGGAGGACAGUGCAGUGCACUCAUCAUAGUUUCUCCAUCGCGACUGUGAAUAAAUCUCGCGUCAAUUAAAGAGCGGUUUGUUAGUUCCAAGAUGCGCGUGUCUUUAUAAAGACGAACAAACGUGCACUAGACUUGGUAUGGGUUUUCUAUUUUUUCAAGUGUAGGAUCUUUGAACGGUCAACGUUUGUGUAAGACUCCCAGAGGCUACGUAACGAUCGUAAUUAUUUACCGCAUGUCCCUUAAUAAGAACUUGACUGAAUCUGCCCCAGCAAAAGGUGGGGAACUUCUAGUGAUAUUCCAUUAGUGAUGUUCUACAAUUUUCAAACCUUACUUUUGAUACAACGAAGUCUUCAUUUAAGGCUUAAAGCGUUUUUCGGCCCUUGCAGAUGAAGAACCACACUACAAACUGUAUGUAGUGGUUUUUUUUGCCUGGGCGCUAAAAAGGAAAAAAACAAUAGCUUCCAUUUGGAGCGAGAGCUUCGCAUUUGGGAAACUACUCUCCUCAGAACUGAUAAUUAUCGUGAACAAAUAUUUAGUAAAUUUUCGCAGCAGUUGGAAGCUAUUGUCAAUUUAUUGUGUCAGGUUAAGCUAAAGAACAUUUGAACAUUUCAUGCUAGCAAGUUGCAGUUCGUGGUAUUUCAAGUUGAUGGAAAUCUCUAAAUUAAUAUCAUAACCGUGUUUGUGAUUAUUGUUGUGAUUACUGUUUUGAUCAUUACCGUCGUCAUUGGAAACAUAACCUUUACGAUAUUGUUCUCGUGCUUUAGUCUUGAGCUCUGGAGUCAGUUGUCAGCGUUACAUUUAUUCGUACGGUUUCAAUGCAAGUCCAAACAGAACGAUGAAAUAAUUUUGAGAUUUAUCACUUAGGAAGAAAAUUUUAAUUCUAGGCUCGAUAUGAACUUUAUAUCUUUGGACAAAUUAGAGGAUUGUGAACAUCAAAAUUUGUGACGGGGUGAGAACUGUUCAUAGCUUUCUAAAAGCGUUGUUAUAACAAGGAGUCGUAUUGUACAGAUUGUCCAUUUGAAUGGGUUUCUUGCCUGAUAUACCAAUAAUAGUAAUAAUUGUUAAGGAUCUUUUAUAAAAAAAAAUUCGGCAGAAGCACAUCUGAUCACAUUUUAAAUUUUUGUUAAAUUGCCAUUCUUUCUCAAUUACUUUCGUUCGUAAAAAUAGUUCCUAAAUAAAAUGACUCUGAAAGUAUAUUUUUUAGACCUUCGCGCAAAAAUACUAAAAUACUUUAGUGUAAAUAGAAUUAAAAGAUACCAUGCAAAGACGGUAAAUAAACUGAAGCCUUUUCCAGCAGGAGGUCUUUUAGUGGAGUCCUUAUGUG